AGGGCGUGGCCAUCUACUUUAUGCUGCUUAUCCAUUGCGCAGGUGUUCAGCAUGUUCCUGGUCAUUGGCGGAGUGCUGUCGGGCGACACGAUCCAAAUUAUCGGGUUCUGCUUCUUCAACGUGUUUGUCAUGACGCUGGCGAUAUUCCAGUACUUCCAGGUGCGCGCCUGGCUGCAGUCCAACUACUAUUUCGAUAUCUACGACCGCAUCCACCCGAUGAUGCUGGGGUCGGUUGGCGUUCUGGCCGGGGUGUCGGUGGCGUUUGCUGUUUUGGCCUACUUUGUCUACCAUGCAUAUGGCUGGGAAAUCUUCAAGCGCGUGGGCGCGGACAUGAAGAUCCGGCGGAUGUACGUUGCAUACCGGCUGCUGGUGCUGCUGCUGAAGAUAGACUUUUUUGCGUUCAGCGGGUUCGCGGUCACCUACAUCAUCCUGAUCCUGAAGAGCAGCGACGCCGAGUUUGGCAUCACCAUAGCGCUGUUCCCGCUGACGCUGCUGGUGCUGGUGCUGGCGUUCUGGGGGCUGCGUCGCGAGUCGGCGGUGACCAUGUGGGUGUUCAUCUUUUGUCUGUGCGGCAGCACAGCGUACUUUGUGUUCAAGUGCGCGCGCAUGUACGACCCGAAGCAAGAGGCCAAGUACCAGAAGCAGCGGCCGAUGAUGACAUACUUUACCAUCAUUGCGCUGUUUGUGGUCGCUGCCACGCUGUUCCAGUCGGUCGUGUGUCUGGCCAACUUUGGGUACGGGCUGAAGGAGCGCAUUGAGAUGACCCGUGGCAAGCGCAGCGAUAUGGAGCAGAUCCAGGACUACUAUGUCAACGCUGCCGGCAACCGCCGCAUGCCGCUGGAGGGCUAA